UUUACUUCAGUGAUUUUGUCAUUUUUAAGCUUGUGAUUUCGUAAAAAAAAAAACGCUUAACUACCUGUUUGUAUUAAAAUCAUAAUAGUUAAUACUUAUGGGUAAGUUGCACGAGUUGAUCAAAAAACAAAUCGCUUUCUUAGUUUUAUCUUUUGAAGCAACUGAUUAAUUAGCCGAAAUGGCGGAAGUCGAGAUUCAGACGCCCGAUUAUAUGCAAAGGCGAUGGCAUAAUAUAAGGAAACUCUUGGAAAGGUCUGGUCCCUUUUGUCACCCAGAUUUCGAACCUUCAUCAGAGAUAUUGGACUUUAUAAUGAAUAAUUGCAAAGUACUUAUUGUUGGCGCCGGCGGCCUUGGAUGUGAGCUGCUCAAAGACUUAGCUCUUAUGGGUUUUAAGAAAUUACAUGUGGUAGACAUGGAUACCAUAGAGUUGUCUAACCUUAACAGGCAGUUUCUGUUUCGGAAGAACGACAUUGGAUUGUCUAAAGCAAAAUGUGCUGUGGAGUUUGUAAAUAAAAGGAUCCCUGGCUGUGAGGCAGUAGCUCACCAUUGUCCAAUUCAAGACCUUGACGAAGGCUUCUAUCGUCAGUUCCACGUUGUUGUCUGUGGACUAGACUCAAUUGUUGCAAGACGUUGGUUGAAUGGCAUGCUGGUUUCGCUUUUGCAGUAUAAUGACGAUAGAAGUUUGGAUCAAAGCAGUGUAAUCCCUCUAGUGGAUGGUGGUACAGAGGGAUUCAAAGGAAAUGCUAGAGUCAUCCUACCAGGAAUGAGUGCUUGUAUUGAGUGUACACUUGAUUUGUACCCUCCUCAGAAAACCUUCCCUCUAUGCACUAUUGCAAAUACACCAAGAUUGCCAGAACAUUGCAUAGAAUAUGUCAAGGUACUACAAUGGGAGAAGGAGAAUCCAUGGGGAAAUACAACUCUUUUAGACGGCGAUGAUCCACAGCAUGUGGCUUGGGUAUAUGAAAAGGCUCAGGAAAGAGCAACAAAGUAUGGCAUCACAUCUGUGACAUAUAGAUUGACACAGGGUGUUUUGAAGAAUAUUAUACCAGCUGUUUCUAGCACAAAUGCAGCUAUAGCAGCUACAUGUGCUACUGAGGUGUUUAAGUUAGCUUCAUCGUGCUGUGUUAACAUGAACAACUACAUGGUCCUUAACAUGGCUGACGGCGUGUACACUUACACAUUCAAUGCAGAGAAACGUCCCAACUGUGUCACAUGCAGUAACACCACAAAAGUUAUGGAGAUUGAACAUGAUGCCACAUUACAAGCAAUAUACGAUAAGUUGUGUGAAGACAAUGCCUUUUUGAUGAAAAGUCCAGGUAUCACUACAGUUGUGAAUGGUCGCAAUAAAACACUCUACAUGGCAUCUAUAAAGAGUAUUGAAGAAAAAACCAGGGAUAAUUUGAAGAAAAAAAUAACUGAAUUAGGUUUAUAUAAUGGAGCAGAAAUCUUGGUUGCUGAUGUCACAACGCCUAAUACUGUAACAAUCAAAUUAAAACUUUCUGAAAAGAUUGAUGUGGACAUGUUGUAUUAAUAAAAUAAAUAAAUCAAGUCCAAUGAAAAUAAAAUAAAAACUCGAGCGAGAAUGGGCAACGUAAUAUUGUUCCUUUAUUCUGUUGUGUCUGACAUUAAAGGUUUAUUGUUUGAAUAAAACUGAACAGACAUUUUUUUCAGUGUUCAACAAUGUCCUUAAAUUAAUAUGGUGAUUUAUGUCUAAGCGUAAUAAAAUAAAUUAUGAAAGUUUACUGUAAAAUUU